AGCACAAGAUCUUAGCUUGCCGCGUUCAUGGGAUCAAUGGCCUCAAAAUUUAAUGCUUCCAAUGAUGCUCAUGCGUGAGAAUUUGAAAAAGAGCAUUUUCCAGAGAGUUGGUGUUACUCCACCUGCAUCUUUGGAUUUAAGCAUAACCCCGGCACCCAAACUGAAUAGGCAACUUUUAAUUCAACAUCACGAAAGCGGAGGUUUUGUGUGUGGUGAUUGCGGACGCACUUACAAACUAAAGAGUUCUCUCAGGAACCAUCAGAAGUGGGAAUGCGGUAAAGAACCGCAAUUUCAGUGUCCCUAUUGCAUAUACAAGGCCAAGCAAAAGAUGCAUAUGGCUAGACAUAUGGAGAGAAUGCACAGGGAAAUUGAUUAUUCAAGUAUAUUUAAACAAGAAAAAACGGAUGGAGGAGAAAACGCCGAUUCUAAAGAAUCUUCCGAUGGUUUGAGAGAUUAUUCAAUGAUUAAAAAUGUUACCACGGAAAUGAAAAUGGACGAGGAAGGAUCUUCUUGCUGAAAAAAAUGCUCCAAUGUAUUUAUUCUUCAUAGAAUUCCAAAAUUAUUUUUGCCAUUCCAAUUUUUCGUAGACAUUUGUAUAAAUACCUAUAAAACUGCCUUUACUACAGGGUCUUUAAACUGAUUUAUACAGUUGGAUGAACAGUUUAAUUUAAAACAUUAUAUGUUGGCAGACAGACCGCUACCUUAUCACACCAUAGUUUGAAUAAAAUCGUUACCUACUAAAAAAAUAUUUUAAUGGUGGAUAGGUAUUAAAGCCGUUACUCGUUAGCAGCUAUCAAUUACCUCUUAUGCAUAGACCAUAUUGGCCUUAUUUUGACUGUUCAUCCAUUGUGGAGGUCGGUGGGGUCUUUCACAUCACACGUGCCUUACAUUUUUCUAUAAAACAUAUACAUACAGUUCCAUAAAAUUGUUUUCUACCUCAAUAUUUAUACUAUCGUGAACACCCUGUAUAUUUCUGAAAUGUAAACUCAAGGGAUUAACUGCCAAUUUUUAUGGUAUUAUAUACACUAUUUUUAUAUUUGCUAGUUACAUAUAAUUAUUAUUAUUGUUAUUUUUAAGUGUAUAUGUAUAAUAAUUAUUUUCUACUUUUAUAUUACAUAUAAUAACGUGUUA